GCAAGGGUCGGCUGUUCCCGGAUUUUUCUCCCGGACUGAGAGCAAUUUCGCGCAAUUAGCCUCUAACAGCUCUUUUAUCUGCCUGGGGGUGUGAGUCUCGCCGAAACCGAUUACCUGAUUACUUUUUAAUUACUUUAUCGAUAAUUCUAGCGCGAUUAUUACCUCUUUUCGGCAUUGCGACCCACCUUCCACGUGGUGAUGAAUUCCCUGGACGACACCUGACUUUUCGGGCAGGGAUGGAAAAUGAAUAGGAUGUCUGCCCCACUCAACUUGACAACAAUGAUUCAUUCAUUGGAUUCCAGCUGUAAUUAACGACAUCGGGAGGAAUGGUUUGCUAGUGGAGAGAUAACGGUACGUUUGAUCAUGGAAAGCAGAGCCUUUGUGAUUUACGUGAGAUAUUUGUAAACAAACAAUGGCAUAGAGGAUUCUCGAUGAACUGACUUACAGAACUGGAUUUGAUGAAUGGCAUCAGAAAUUUCAUGUUCCAGUUUUGAUCGUAAAAUCUUUCAGAUAUAAUUAAUAGCAAGUUCUUUUUCUAUAAGGAGUCGAUAGAAGAGUCAUUGAUAGAUGAAUAAUUGUGUCUCAUGAUUCAUUGAUAAAAACUAAUAUGGGAAAAAUAAGAAGUUUUUUUUCCUCUUUAUGUACAUCGUUCUGAACCCAAUUUAAUAUUUCCUUAUCUGCUGUUAUUCUGUGAUUUAAUACAAGAACUAUCAUUAAUUUUCGAGAUUUAAUAAUUUUGUAAAUUAUUGUAAGAGAAAUAGCAUCACAAAUGCAGUCUAAAAACGUAUGAAAAAUGGUCUCUUAUAAAUUUUUUGAGGAAAUAAUACAUAUUAUCUCUAAAAACAUUUUGAAGAAAACUUUGUUGUGAACGCGAUUUAAUGCAGCUAUGCUUCAAGAAAUAUUUGAUGGAAAAAAAAUAUGAUGAUGAGACUUAAUUGAACUAUUAUAUUGGCUUCAUAUAUAACAGUUUAUAUAAAUUAUUUCGAAGUUAUCAAAAAGUUUUUAAUAAAAUAAAAAUAUCCUCCUAAAAUCGCAUUGACAUAGGGGUCAAAACAAACAUAAAUACUCAUAUAAACAAAUUUCCACUGUUAUUCUAUUUAUAUGUCUUACAUCAAUGAGAAUGGAUCAGAAAAUUUUCUAACUUCUCUGCACUCUCAAAUAAUUACUCUGAAAGUAAUUCAUUAAAAUGUGGACAUUUAAUUUGUUAUAUCUCCAUCAAAGGUCUGAAUUUUCACGUCUGAACUGACAAUAAUGAGAUAUCCAAAUUUCCAAGAAGGUUUAAAAUGAAAUCUAGCUUUUGAUCUCCUCUAAGAUGGACUUAACCGGAAGAUGCCGUAUCUUUCGAAGAAUGCUCACCGCGACGCUCGUCUGUUGUUCUGUCAUGUGUUACCUCUUCUCGCAUCACCCCCUGACGAUCACAACGGGGGAGGAAGGGUCUCCGGAUGAGGGAGAGUACGACGUCCGGACGUGGCUUCCACGUCGAAUCAAGUCCGGAUCGGAAGAGGCUGCCAGCAAUGUUUCCGGAGAACUGGAACGUGUGUGGGGCAACGGCGGAACCCAAAAGCGAUUGCCCCAGGCCCUCAUCAUUGGAGUCAAAAAGUGUGGAACUAGGGCCUUGCUAGAGUUCCUGAGGCUGCAUCCGGAUAUUCGAGCGACGGGUCCGGAAACACACUUCUUCGACAGGUUUUACGAUCGAGGAUUGGAAUGGUAUAGACAACAAAUGCCUCAGAGUCUCGAAUCCCAGAUUACGAUGGAGAAAACCCCCAGUUACUUCAUUACACGGGAAGUCCCACAUCGCCUGUACAGAAUGUCACCGACGGUCAAACUCAUCGUGGUGGUUCGAGACCCAGUCACUCGAGCGAUCUCAGACUACACCCAGACUGCCAGCAAAAGAUCCAGCGGGCCUUCUUUUGAUCAGAUGACCUUUCGUAAUUCUACCAGUGGACUCGUGGAUACGUCAUGGAGUGCCAUUCGAAUUGGAGUCUACUCCAGAUUUUUGGAGUGGUGGACGAGGCAUUUCCAAAUGGAACAGAUCCAUUUCGUAUCAGGGGAGAACUUGAUUCGAGAUCCAGCAGGAGAAAUGGCUCGAGUUCAAGAUUUUCUUGGACUCAAGAGAGUCAUCACCGAUAAACAUUUCUAUUUCAACGAAACUAAAGGUUUCCCUUGCCUCAAGAAGUCCGAAGGCAGUGGAAAUCCGCAUUGUCUUGGCAAAACCAAAGGCAGGACUCAUCCGGAGAUAUCUCCUUCCACGAUAACUAGGUUAAGAGACUUUUACAGACCUUUUAACCUCAAGUUCUAUCAGAUGGUGGGGAGGGACUUUGGCUGGCUAUGACGGAACGCCAACUUCUCAAACAAAUCAUAUCAGUGAAAACUGAAAUUGUGUUAGUGAGACUACGUGAAAGAUGCCAAAUCUGAAAAGUCCGCCCUUUCCACACAUGUCCAGUGAAGACAUAAAAUCGAAAAUCCCAAAGAAAAUAUCUCAUAACGAGGUUGAGGAACUUUUAUCGACCUUUAAACUCCCAAGUUCUAUCUUGUGUUAUGGAAGGGAAAGAGGAAAUAGAGGAGGUGGAUAUGAUGGAACGCCAUUUUCGUCGACAAAUCAUAUCAAGAAGUUGGAAUUGCGUUAGCGGUGGAGUUUGCUUUACCACUUUGUAAGAGAAGAAGUGGACUGUGUAUCGUUCCAGUAACUUAAUCAGUGUGUAUCAGAGCUUGUGUCGUUUUCGUGGAAGUAAAAAUGGCAACAAAAAAAAAUGUGCACUAAAAGCAUCGCCAAAUGGAGUUUCUUUUUUGAAGGAAAAAAAGUUAAAAGAUUUUUCUAUUCGUUUUUAACUGUGGACUCCUUUUCGAAGCCAAAUUUGUAAAAUAGAAAAGGUGAUUCUUUGAAGAAUUUUACUUCUGUUUUCCCACUUUACUUGCUUAAAAUCUAGUCAGUUACCAUAGCAAUGAUGCAUUCCAUAUAUUUUAUUUUAUUUAAUAAUAUUUAUAAACGGUAUUUUAAGUGAUCCAUAAAAUUUUUCUGCAACUAUUUGUAAAUGAAUAUAUAUAUAACGAAGCAUCAAAAGUUCUUGUUAAAAUUUUCUUUUCUUUUAUUAGUGUCUUAAAAUAGCCGAUGUCUUAGGAAUCAAAUAAUAACAAUGCAUAUUUUGGAUUGAUGAUAUGGAAAAAAGUAGAGAAAAUUAUUUUUAAAUGCAUCCGCUUUAAUGUGAAACUCUGAUCGUCUAAUUUCUUUAUUGGGACGAAUAUGAUUGCAGAAGAAAUUUUGAGUAAAAAUUUCAAGACAAUAUAAGCUGUAAAACAACAGUGUGCCAAUCAAUUUCUUUUCUAUGUCCAGAAUUAA